AUGGGAAACCGGCUCUGCUGCGGGGGAGGCAGGAGCUGCCCAUCAGUUUUCCAGAGGAAAAAGAAAAUGGGGGGUCAGCCAAGGUGGACACUGAAGCAGCAGCGGAAGAAGCAGAGUGGCACAAAGGGCCGUGUCACAACAGGACAGUCGCGUAAGCAGGGGUUGGAGCAGCCUGCGUCUCCGCAGGGGAGGCAAAGCCCCAGGUCAGAGGACAGUGGCUUACAUUAUGCAGUCAUCCAAGUGUCCAGCCAUCCCCAGCCACGCUCUGCCCGGGAGGUGAAGCACCUGCAGUCAGAAAACGCUACAGAGUAUGCCACCCUCUGCUUCCCCCAGGCCACGCCCUGCUAUGACCGCAAGAACGGGACCCUCGUGUGA